GUCCGGUUAAGCGGCGCGUGGGGAGGGGCGGCGGGAGCGCGCGGCGGCGGCGGCGGGGUCUGAGCGCGACCCCCAUGGAGCUGCUACGGAAAUGGCUGGGCCACCCCGAGGACAUCUACAACCUGCUGCGCUUCAAGAUGGGCGGCUACCGCGCCGUCAUGCCGCGGAUGGACACGGACUCGCUGGGAUGUGGCCUCCGCACCUGCUACCGCUACCUCAACCAGACCAGCCGCAGCUUCGCCGCCGUCAUCCAGGCUCUGGACGGAGAGCUACGACACGCAGUCUGUAUAUUCUACCUGGUUCUCCGUGCCCUGGACACUGUAGAGGAUGACAUGAGCAUCCCUUUGGAUGUCAAGGUCCCAAUGUUGCAGGAAUUCCACUCCCAUCUCUACCAGCCCGACUGGAAGUACACYGAGAGCAAGGAGAAGGACCGGCAGGUGCUGGAAGACUUCCCAACGAUCUCCAUGGAGUUCAGGAACCUGUCCAAGGUCUACCAGGAUGUGAUUUCAGAUAUUUGCCACAAGAUGGGUGUUGGGAUGGCAGAGUUCUUGGAGAAAAAGGUGGAUUCUCUGAAUGAGUGGGAUAAGUAUUGUCACUACGUUGCUGGCCUGGUGGGGAUUGGCCUUUCCCGUCUCUUCUCUGCAUCAGAGCUGGAGGAUUCCAUCGUGGGGCAGGACACACACCUGGCAAACUCCAUGGGCCUCUUCCUGCAGAAAACCAACAUCAUCCGUGACUAUCUGGAGGACCAGCUGGAGGGAAGGGAGUUCUGGCCCAGAGAGGUUUGGAGCAGAUAUGCCAAGAAGCUCUCAGACCUUGCCAAGCCAGAGAACAUUGAUGUGGCUGUGCAGUGCCUCAAUGAGCUCAUCACCAACGCCCUCCACCAUGUCCCCGAUGUCCUCACCUACCUGUCCCGCCUCAAAAACCAAAGUGUCUUCAACUUCUGUGCAAUCCCCCAGGUGAUGGCCAUUGCCACGCUGGCUGCCUGCUACAACAACAAGCAGGUGUUCAAAGGGGUGGUGAAGAUCCGCAAGGGACAGGCUGUCACCCUCAUGAUGGAUGCCACCAACAUCCAAGCUGUCAAAGCCAUCAUGUACCAGUAUGUGGAAGAGAUCUACCAGAAGAUCCCAAGCACGGACCCCUCGUCCAACAAGACGCAGCAGGUGAUCGCCUCCAUCCGCGCCAUGAGCCUGCCCGGCAGCCCCAUGGCCUCCCGCCACCACUACUCGCCCAUCUACGUGUCCUGUGCCAUGCUCCUGGCGGCCCUGAGCUGGCAGUACCUCAGCACCCUGUCCAAGGCCACCGAGGAGUACGUGCAGGCUGGAGACAACUGAAGGGCAGUGGCCGGGUGGGGGGACAAGCGGUGGCAGAUGGGCAGCGGGGGCGGGUGGCACCUCGUCCCCUGCUGUGGGGGUGGCCCAGCACCGGGAUGGUGACAAGGAUGGGACACCGGGGGAGCUGCAGCCCCAGGGUGACAGCGUGGCACUGCUGGACUCCAUCCUCACCACCCUUGCUGUCUGCUGAUUGGAGUCUUCGUGUUUGGGGUUGAGUAUUUCUUUUUGCCCCCUUCUUUCUUGUUUACCUGAAUAUUUUCGGGACUUUUUUUUUUUUUUCCUAUUAGGAUGGUUUGAAAUAGAAACUGCAGUUGUUUCUUUUCCUACUUGAGAUUUGAGGCAUUUUCCUAGCUCAAAGCUGAGCAAAACCCUGAGGGUUUUGCUUCCCUGUCUUAGGCAGCCUCUUCUCCCUCACCUCCGGUGCUUGCUCCGUGCUGGGGGAAUUCUGCUUAAGCUGGGAGAAGAAUGUGCUUCCUUAUCCAAGGAAAAAGCUCUGGCCACCUUCUGGCCCUGGGUGAUUGCCAUCCUGCAGCCUGGGAGCAGGCAGAGGCCAUAGCCACGUUUCUGUUGUGCUGAAGGAUGCUGAAAUGAGCCCUUUUGAUGUUAAAUACGUGGGAGGUGAGGUGCUCUCCCCCCUUAACUGUGCCCCCAGCUGAAAGGUGGCUGUGCAGCUCCCUGCCCUGGCACAGAUGGCCCUGCCCUGCCCUGGCAGAGCUGGUUUCAGCAGUGGGGAGCUGGUUAAAAGGAGAGGGGAGCUGCCAGCACUGCCCUGAACUCAUCACCCCAGACCUGCCUGCGCUGCACUGUCUGGGUUUGGCUCUCCCACAGCCCCAGGGGAUGUGGCAGAGCAAGGGUUUGCAGAGGUUCCCAC